AUGAACGGGUUCAAUAAUCAUGAAAUCAAUGAAGGAGGUCUUAAGCAUUCAGUUUCACCAUGCAGUUGCUGGACAAUUGGAUUGGUCAAUGUUGAUUCUAAACGUUAUUUAACAGCCGAAACAUUUGGGUUCAAAAUCAAUGCUAAUGGUGCAUCAUUAAAAAAAAAACAAUUAUGGACCUUGGAACCAAGCACUAAUAAUUCAUUACUAAGUGAUGGUCCUACUACCACAAUUCGACUUCGAUCCCAUUUAGAUAAAUACUUAGCAGUGGAUACUUUUGGAAAUGUGACUUGUGAUGGUGAUGAUCCUACUGAUCCUGGAACUGUAUUUCAAGUUUCUGUAACUGAUGGGAACUCUGGUAGCUGGGCAUUGAAAAAUGUUGUACGAGGUUACUUCUUAGGUGCUUCCUCAGAUAACCUCAAAUGCACAGCGAAAGCAGCAGGGUCCAGUGAAUUAUGGCUGGUUCAUUUAGCUGCAAGGCCCCAAGUGAACCUAAGAUCAGUUGGACGAAAACGUUUCGCUCAUUUGUCUGAAAACUUGGAUGAAAUUCAUGUUGAUGCAAAUAUACCUUGGGGCGAAGAUACACUUUUUACCCUUGAACUACGACCUGAUGAUGACUUCAAAUAUGCCAUUCACACAUGUAACAAUAAAUAUUUAUCAAGAGAUGGAAAAUUAGUAGACACAUGUACAUCCAAUUGUUUGUUUUCACUCGAGUACCACUCAGCUGGGUCUUUGGCUUUGAGAGACAAAGUUGGUGGUUAUUUAUCUCCAAUUGGUUCUAAAGCACUUCUUAAAACACGAUCACAGACAGUUACCAAAGAUGAGUUGUUCACUCUUGAAGAUUCUUUACCACAAGCAAGUUUUAUUGCUGCUCUCAAUUCAAAAUAUGUAUCAGUUAAACAAGGGGUGGAUGUAACAGCCAACCAAGACGAAAUAUCCGAUCACGAGACUUUCCAACUGGAAUUCGAUCCUUCCACUAAAAGAUGGUACAUACGCACGAUGCAGGACAGGUAUUGGACUCUCGAAACCGGAGGUGGAAUACAAGCUGUUGCCGAUAAGAAAUCGUCGAAUGCACUAUUUGAGUUGGCAUGGCAGGGGGAUGGGUCGGUUUGCUUCCGUGCGAACAACGGUAAAUAUGUCUCUACAAAGCGGUCUGGUCAUCUGUAUGCAAAUGUUGAUGCAAUUGAUGACGCUUGCAAGUAUUUCUUUUACCUCAUAAACAGACCAAUAUUGGUAUUAAAAUGUGACCAAGGAUUCGUUGGUUAUAAGUCAUCAUCAAGCUUACGUCUCGAAUGCAACAAGGCAUCAUAUGAGACUAUACAAGUUGAACGGUCUGAUAAAGGAAUUGUAUUUUUUAAAGGUCAAACUAACAAAUAUUGGCAUGCAAAUGACGAAGGCGUUUCUGUGGAAUCUGAUGUACCUGAAGGAUUUUUUAUUGAAUUGAGAGAACCAACUAGAAUAUGCAUUAAAAGUGUUACGGGUUAUUAUCUUUCUGCUGGUAAAAAUGGAAUGUUUAAACUUGGCGAUGGAGAUUAUAACAAUGCCACAAAAUGGGAAUAUUAA